ACGCCGGCGGGGCGGCUGAGGCUUCUGUGAGAAGGCGCUUGAGGCUGCUUGAGGCUGCUGAGGAGCAAGCCCGCAGAGGAGGCGGGGAGGCGGUGGCCGGGCUCAUUCGCUUCCAGGCUCCACCAAGGGUCCGCCGCCGCGCCUUCUGCCCGUGUGCAGCUCGGUGGCUCUCUGCAGGAGCAGCCACCGUCCGUCCGGGUCCCGGCUGCGGUCCUGCGUCUCCUGCUCCCGCUAACCCCGCGCGCGGGGUAGCCGGUGCCCCCCACACCUGUGGAUCGGCCGUCGUCGCGGGUGUCCGCCGAUCAGCGUGCGAGGCGUGUCCCCUCAGCCCGGCUCCGCGGGCAGAAUGGGGCUCCCGGCGCUCGAGUUCAGCGACUGCUGCCUCGACAGCCCUCACUUCCGAGAGACGCUCAAGUCGCACGAAGCGGAGCUGGACAAGACCAACAAAUUCAUCAAGGAGCUCAUCAAGGACGGGAAGUCGCUCAUCAGCGCGCUCAAGAAUUUGUCUUCAGCAAAGCGGAAGUUUGCAGAUUCCUUAAAUGAAUUUAAAUUUCAGUGUAUAGGAGAUGCAGAAACAGAUGAUGAGAUGUGUAUAGCGAGAUCUUUGCAAGAAUUUGCCACUGUUCUCAGGAAUCUUGAAGAUGAGCGGAGUCGAAUGAUUGAGAAUGCCAGCGAGGUGCUCAUCACACCCUUGGAGAAGUUUCGGAAGGAGCAGAUUGGGGCUGCCAGGGAAGCCAAAAAGAAGUAUGACAAAGAGACAGAGAAGUAUUGCAGCAUCUUAGAAAAACAUUUGAAUUUGUCUUCCAAAAAGAAGGAGUCCCAGCUACAGGAGGCAGACAGCCAAGUGGAUCUGGUUCGGCAACGCUUCUACGAAGUAUCCCUGGAGUAUGUCUUUAAGGUGCAGGAAGUGCAAGAGAGAAAGAUGUUUGAGUUUGUAGAGCCUCUACUGGCCUUCCUGCAAGGACUCUUCACUUUCUAUCACCAUGGUUAUGAGCUGGCCAAGGAUUUUGGUGACUUUAAGACACAGUUGACCAUCAGCAUACAAAAUACAAGAAACCGCUUUGAGGGAACCAGGUCUGAAGUGGAAUCGCUGAUGAAGAAGAUGAAGGAAAACCCCCUUGAGCACAAGACCAUCAGCCCGUACACCAUGGAAGGGUACCUGUAUGUGCAGGAGAAGCGUCACUUUGGAACUUCCUGGGUGAAGCACUACUGCACGUACCAACGGGAUUCCAAACAAAUCACCAUGGUUCCAUUUGACCAAAAGUCAGGAGGGAAGGGGGGAGAAGAUGAGUCCGUCACCCUCAAAUCCUGCACACGGCGAAAGACAGACUCCAUCGAGAAGAGAUUCUGCUUUGAUGUGGAAGCAGUAGACAGGCCAGGGGUUAUCACCAUGCAGGCGUUGUCGGAAGAGGACCGUAGGCUCUGGAUGGAAGCCAUGGAUGGCCGGGAACCUGUCUACAACUCCAACAAAGACAGCCAGAGUGAAGGGACCGCACAGUUGGACAGUAUCGGCUUCAGCAUAAUAAGGAAAUGCAUCCAUGCGGUGGAAACCAGAGGGAUCAAUGAACAGGGACUCUACCGAAUCGUGGGGGUCAACUCCAGGGUGCAGAAGUUACUGAGCGUCCUGAUGGACCCCAAAGCAGCUUCUGAGACAGAAACUGAUAUCUGUGCUGAAUGGGAGAUAAAGACCGUCACUAGUGCUCUGAAGACCUACCUGAGAAUGCUUCCAGGACCACUCAUGAUGUACCAGUUUCAAAGGAGUUUCAUCAAAGCAGCAAAGCUGGAAAACCAAGAGACUAGAGUCUCUGAGAUCCAUAGCCUUGUUCAUCGGCUCCCGGAGAAGAAUCGGCAGAUGCUGCAGCUGCUCAUGAACCACCUGGCAAAUGUCGCCAACAACCACAAGCAGAAUCUGAUGACCGUGGCAAACCUGGGCGUGGUGUUUGGACCCACCUUGCUACGACCUCAGGAAGAAACAGUGGCGGCCAUCAUGGACAUCAAGUUUCAGAACAUUGUCAUUGAGAUCUUAAUAGAGAACCAUGAGAAGAUAUUCAACACGGUGCCUGAUGUGCCCCUCACUAACGCCCAGCUACACCUGUCCCGGAAGAAAAGCAGCGACUCCAAGCCCCCAUCCUGCAGCGAGAGGCCCCUGACUCUCUUCCAUGCCAUGCCGUCCACAGAAAAACAGGAGCAGAGGAACAGCAUCAUCAACUCCAGUUUGGAAUCGGUCUCCUCGAGUGCAAACAGCAUCCUUAACACUAGCAGCAGCCUGCAGCCCAAUACGAAUUCCAGCGACUCAAACCUGGAUGUGGUCAAACCUACUCGGCCCAAUUCCCUCCCCCCGAAUCCAAGCCCAACUUCACCCCUCUCGCCAUCAUGGCCCAUGUUCUCGGCGCCAUCCAGCCCUAUGCCCACCUCAUCCACGUCCAGCGACUCAUCCCCCAUCAGCACGCCAUUCCGGAAGGCAAAGGCAUUGUACGCCUGCAAAGCUGAACACGACUCUGAGCUCUCCUUCACAGCAGGCACCGUCUUCGAUAAUGUUCAUCCAUCUCAGGAGCCUGGCUGGCUGGAGGGGACUCUGAAUGGAAAGACUGGCCUCAUCCCAGAGAACUACGUGGAGUUCCUCUAACCUCGAGCCCCAGUGGAGCUACCGAGCUUUACGUGGUCUCCAUGACAACUGCUGCUUCUGGUGUUGUGGGCCACUUUUCAUUGCCACUGAGAAAGCAGGGAGCCUGACUGUUGCUUCCUGCCAACCCGAUGAAUGCAUCUGGGAACGUGUGCCACCAUCCUCCACGAUCAUCUCAGCUUACCGCACAGUGAUGCAGCAAGAACUGCACGUCAAUCAGCAGAGGAGGCCACUGGAUUUUGAGAACCCAGAGGAAGACUUGCAGAGCUGUCUGCUCAGGAGUGCCCUAGAUAGAGAGCCCUGAUUUCACUGCAGCAGUCCUCCAGACCCCUACCUUCUGGGAGGAGGAAGCAGGAUGAGACUAGAGCUAAAGAGAGUGCAGCACUGCUGAAUUGGAAGAGGCAGGGCAAAGAAACUGGCACAAGGUGCAGGCUGCCUCCACUGCUGUUGCUUACAGCAGACGCUUUCCCUCUCCUUCCUUCUCCCAGGGUCACAGUGCUGCAGGCAGCUGGGCCUGUCUGCAAGCGCACAGGAUGAAGGGGUUGCCGCACUGUUUAUACAUGGUCCAAUCUCUCACCAUCUCUUGAGCAGCUGUUGGCCUAUAAUCAGCAGAUUUCAGUCUAGUCCUCUCAUGCAAAGAAACACACGCCCUUCACGUUCUCUGCCGCGCUGAAGGCUUCCAUCACUGCCAUCACCUAGUAACCAUAGCAACCCAACCUACUCUAAAACUAAGCCAAAAAUAAUACUCCUCUUUGUAUGACACCCCCCUCUCCCAGCUCUGGUGAGUUUUUUUUUUUAUUUUUAUUUUUUUUUGAAUGGUCUUCCAACAGUUUGAAGCAGAGGAUUAGACCAUUAGGGUGGUCUAUCUGGAGCAGACAGCUCCUUAGAAUCUUUUGUUACUGAGGUCCUGUAGAUUUUAGAGAUGAUUCUUAGGCCUGACUUUAAAAGAACAUCUAUAUCACUGCCACCCAGAAAAAAAAAGAGAAUCAUUAACGAGGAUAGGCCAUUAAGAAUCUGUAGGACGCCAAAUGUUGAGGCCUGGAGGCUAGGCUGGAUACCAUCGAAGUCAGGGAAUUCUGAUUAAAGGGGUCUCAACUGUCUCGCACAGGAGACCACCUGGACAAGCAUCACAUGACCUCAAAAGAAUACAAUCAUGGUAUCUUCGCACUCAAAUGCCCUGGCUAGAGGACUCUGGACAUACUGUCACACUCUCCAGGAGCCUCUCUGAUGGCAUUGUUGUACCAGAGAGUGUCUCUGGCUCCUGGAACUCCCUUAGGGUUCUUUAAUGAAGAAAAGAAAAACUUGAAUUGUGUUGAAUUACUGUAUCUUCUGCUUUUUUUUUUUAAAGAUAAACUUGUAAAUAGAAUGAUUUGAAAUAUUAUAUGGUAAAGUUUUAUAUUUGAUAUUCUUUAAGCUAGUUGCUCCAUACAUUUAGUAUUUCAAUUGCUGAAUAGAUGUGUUUAAAAGGUUGCAAGAGAGGCUGUGUUAAAGAGUAAGGGUCAUGCGCCCUCUCUGGCCCAGAUGUUUCUCCAUGGUUCCUGUUGAUGAGCCUGAAAAGUUGAUUGUAUUCAGUCGUCUUUAUCUACAUGUAAUUUGGGGCUUUGGGGUUAAAAAGAGCAUCUUCAGGCAAUGAAUUUUCAAAGAAUUCCCACCCAAUGGUAAAGAGGCACUCAGGAUUUAAAUAGGUGGGGAGAGGGUGACAUGUUUGUUUUUUUUGUGUGUGUUUGUUCUUCUCAGGUGUAUUUCUUGGUACCCCAGGAUGUCCAGACAAAAGGAGCUGAGACAACAACUCCUUUUUUUUCACAUCUCCUAAGGUGAUUAUAUAUAUAUAUACUAGUUUGUAAAUGUGUCUAUCAGCUCUAAGAACAAAACAAGAAAGCCAGCUGCUGUGGUUCUUGGUCACUGGUGAACGUUACUCUCUUCCUGUAGACAUGUUCCUAUAUUUCCCUUUCACCUCCAGAUUCCCAGCAGCCCCAAAGUAACUGUUACAGUUUUUUAGAGUGACUGUAAUGUUAAUAGUUCACUGUCAGGAUUCAGUAUUGAGUUUACUAGCUCAGGAUUGUUGCCAACCAAGAACCAGCCAGGAGCAAGGGAGAUUUGAACUUUCAGUCAGGCAAACACAAGAUUCCAAACUGCCGUGGCUGGGUGUGACGCCCAUGCCAUUCUUAGCACUUAGACAAGAGGAUGGCUAAAAUCUUAUGACAGCCAGAUGAGAGAUGAGAGGAGGGUCAAAAACUAAAGGAAGAAAUGGAGUACACUCAAGUUCCAGACCUGUUCCCCGUGAGCUUGAGAAAAGGUUGGACGGUGGGGCCCAAAGGGCAUGCACACUCACGUAGCAUUGCUCCUUCCAAAUUGAAAUAGCUCAGCACGAUACUUUUAAUAUAUUUGAUGGUUUAAAUUGUCACCUGCCUCAUAAUAAAUGAAGUAUGCUUGUAGUCAGGGCCCAGCACGACUGCUUGGAUACAUAUUCCUUCUCCUGAGCUGGCCCUGGUUUGAAGCUGCUCUCUUAGGCUGACCUCCUUCUGGUUUCCCUGAGGCCAUGUGUGGCCUAUGACAGAUGGUCGCUCUGUUUCCCUUUGUCCAGCUAGGCCUCCCUCCUCCUCCUCCUCCUCCUCCUCCUCCU